AUGCCACCGCCAACCGAGCGAGCCGAGAAACAGGCCGCGGCCCAACAAGCCGUCGACAUUCUCCACGAGAUUGCCACCAUUUUGAACUGCCAUCUCGACCGCCGGACCUUGUCAAUCUGCAUUUCCAUGAUUGAGAACGGCAUCAACCCCGAGGCACUGGCAAACGUGAUAAAAGAGCUCCGCAAACAGGGCCAAGAUGUCCAACUUGAGUCUGCCGAAGCCGCUGCGGCAGCUGUGGCGGCUGCAGGGACGAGAAGGCGAUGA